UGUGUGUGUGUGUGUGUGUGUGUGUGUGUGUUUGUGCGUGUGUGCGUGUGUGUGUCCUGGGGUGGACCCACAGCCCAGUACCAGGAGCCUUGUGCCCAAAUAUUCAGUGCAUCACAGCACAGCCGUGGGGCAAGAGACAAGCGAAGAGACAAAACUGGAGAGAGGAAGCAGGUGAAUAGGCAUGCCGAGCAAGAUCACUUGGGGAACUGAUGCUGCUACCAGUUUCCUACGUGCUGCCCGCUCAGGUAACCUGGAAAAGGCUCUUGAACACAUCAAGAACGGUGUCGAUAUCAACACAGCCAAUCAGAAUGGACUCAAUGGGUUACAUUUGGCCUCAAAAGAAGGCCAUGUUAAAAUGGUGCUGGAACUUCUGCACAACGGCAUUGUGUUGGAGACCACAACAAAGAAAGGCAACACUGCCCUCCACAUUGCUGCAUUGGCUGGACAAGAGCAAGUGGUCACAGAGCUGGUUAACUAUGGAGCUAAUGUCAAUGCCCAGUCUCAGAAGGGCUUCACUCCACUUUACAUGGCAGCACAAGAGAAUCAUCUGGAGGUUGUGAAGUUCCUCUUGGACAAUGGAGCCAAUCAGAGCAUUCCAACUGAGGACGGCUUUACGCCAUUAGCUGUGGCUCUUCAGCAGGGUCAUGAGAAUGUAGUGGCUCUGCUUAUCAAUCAUGGCACCAAGGGAAAGGUUCGCCUCCCUGCGCUGCACAUAGCAGCACGCAACGAUGACACUCGCACUGCCGCUGUGCUUCUGCAGAAUGACCCCAAUCCUGAUGUACUAAGCAAGACAGGCUUCACACCACUCCACAUUGCAGCACACUAUGAAAAUGUGAACAUUGCCCAGCUGCUGAUAAACAGAGGAGCCAAUGUGAACUUCACUCCCAAGAAUGGGAUAACACCUCUGCACAUUGCGUCCAGGAGAGGGAACAUUGUCAUGGUCAGGCUUCUGCUGGACCGGGGAGCAACAAUUGAUGCCAAGACUAAAGAUGAGCUGACUCCACUUCACUGUGCUGCCAGAAAUGGUCAUGUUAGGAUCCUUGAGAUCCUGCUGGACCAAGGAGCCCCCAUACAAGCCAAGACCAAAAAUGGUCUCUCCCCGAUUCACAUGGCAGCUCAGGGGGACCACAUGGACUGUGUGCGACAGCUCUUACAGUAUAACGCUGAGAUUGAUGAUAUAACACUAGACCACCUGACACCCCUACAUGUGGCAGCACACUGUGGUCACCACCGCAUGGCCAAAGUGCUGCUGGAUAAAGGAGCCAAGCCAAACACCCGUGCACUGAAUGGCUUCACACCUCUCCACAUAGCCUGUAAGAAGAAUCACAUCCGUGUAAUGGACCUACUACUAAAACACUCUGCAUCAUUGGAAGCCGUGACAGAGUCAGGGCUAACCCCACUUCAUGUGGCCUCCUUCAUGGGUCAUUUAAACAUAGUGAAGAUCCUGCUGCAAAAAGGAGCCUCUCCAAAUGCCUCAAAUGUGAAAGUGGAAACGCCCCUGCACAUGGCAUCCCGAGCAGGUCACUGUGAAGUUGCAGAGUUUCUGCUGCAGAAUACAGCUCCAGUGGAUGCCAAAGCCAAGGAUGACCAGACCCCGUUGCACUGCGCUGCCCGCAUGGGCCACAAGGAACUAGUGAAGCUCCUGCUGGAGCACAAGGCCAAUCCAAAUUCUGCCACCAUGGCUGGACACACUCCACUGCACAUCGCCGCCAGGGAGGGACACACACAGACAGCCAGGAUCCUCCUUGACAUGAAUGCCCAGCAGACCAAGAUGACGAAAAAAGGCUUUACUCCUCUCCAUAUGGCAGCAAAAUAUGGAAAGAUAGACGUGGCAGAGUUACUUCUUGAGAGAGGGGCAAACCCAAAUGCUGCAGGAAAGAAUGGACUCACGCCAUUGCAUGUAGCUGUCCAUCACAAUAACCUGGAUGUGGUAAACUUACUGGUUAGCAAGGGCGGAUCUCCACACAGCGCAGCAAGAAAUGGCUACACUCCUCUCCACAUUGCCUCCAAGCAGAACCAGUUGGAGGUGGCCAACAGUUUGCUGCAACACGGAGCCUCUGCCAAUGCUGAAUCCUUACAAGGAAUCACACCACUGCACUUGGCUUCCCAGGAGGGUCAAGCAGACAUGGUCUCGCUGCUCAUUUCCAAGCAGGCCAAUGUCAACCUAGGCAACAAGAGCGGCCUGACCCCACUUCACCUUGUUGCUCAAGAGGGUCAUGUGGGCAUUGCUGACAUCCUAGUGAAACAUGGGGCAUCUGUAUAUGCUGCCACACGGAUGGGCUACACUCCACUUCAUGUGGCUUGUCAUUAUGGCAACAUUAAAAUGGUUAAGUUCCUCCUGCAGCAGCAGGCAAAUGUGAACAGCAAGACGAGGGCAGGAUAUACACCCCUUCAUCAAGCUGCCCAACAGGGCCACACUGACAUUGUGACCUUGCUUCUGAAACAUGGUGCCCAACCGAAUGAAAUUACUACCAAUGGCACUUCUGCACUGGCCAUUGCUAAACGCCUCGGCUAUAUUUCUGUCAUUGAUGUCCUCAAACUGAUUACUGAAGAAACAGUGACCAUGUCGACAACUGAAAAACAUCGAAUGAGUUUUCCUGAGACGGUGGAUGAAAUCCUGGAUGUGUCUGAGGAUGAAGGAGUUGCACAGCUAACACUAGGCGAGGAGCUACUGGGAACAGAAAUUGGCAGGUAUUUGAGGACGGACGGCAUGAGGGACCAUGAUGACGAUUUCCUUUCCUCCAGGACAGGCACAGAAAACUACUCACCUGCUGUUCCGAGGAUCCCCUGCGUCUCUCCUGAAAACAUCAUGCUGAAAGAACAUGAAAUGGACCAGCAGCACACUCCUAUCCCAAUGCCCAAAGAGUAUGAUGAUGACUCUCUGAUUCCCAGCAGUCCAGCCACCGAGACCUCUGAUAACGUCAGUCCAGUGGCCAGCCCCAUCCACACUGGCUUUUUGGUCAGUUUCAUGGUGGAUGCACGAGGUGGUUCAAUGAGAGGAAGCAGACACAAUGGUCUGCGUGUUAUCAUACCACCACGGACAUGUGCAGCCCCGACACGUAUAACCUGCCGCCUGGUGAAGCCCCAGAAGCUCUCCACUCCACCUCCUCUGGUGGAGGGCGAAGGUUUAGCUAGUCGAAUCAUCUCACUAGGUCCAGCUAGCAUGCAGUUUUUGGGACCGGUGAUUGUGGAGAUCCCUCAUUUUGCAGCACUCGGUCGGGGCGACAGGGAACUGGUGGUCUUAAGGAGUGAGAAUGGCUCCGUCUGGAAGGAGCAUCGGAACCGUUAUGGUGAUGAAGUUUUGGAGACAAUACUCAAUGGCAUGGAUGAAGAUUUAGAAAGCCAAGAAGAGCUUGGGAAGAAGCGUAUCAGGCGCAUCAUCUCCACUGAUUUCCCUCUCUACUUUGCUGUGGUCUCCCGAAUCCAACAAGAGAGUGAUUUGAUUGGCCCUGAGGGAGGACGUCUGACCAGUAAAAUUCUGCCACUAGUUCAGGCCAGUUUCCCUGAGACUUCCGUCACCAAGCGGGUUCGCCUUGGACUGCAGGCCCAGCCGGUUCCUGACGAGCUGGUGGCUAAGCUGCUGGGGAACCAGGCCACGUUCAGCCCUGUGGUGACUGUAGAGCCGCGACGCCGUAAGUUCCACCGGCCCAUUGGCCUGCGCAUCCCACUGCCUCCGUCCUGGAGGGAAAGUCCACGAGAUUCGGGCGAGGGUGACACUACCAGCCUCCGUCUGCUCUGCAGUGUCAUUGGUGGCACGGACCCAGCACAGUGGGAGGAUAUCACUGGCACAACCAAGCUCGUAUAUGCUAAUGAAUGUGCAAAUUUCACCACCAAUGUGUCUGCACGGUUUUGGCUAGCAGACUGUCCUCGGACUGCAGAAGCAGUUUCCUUUGCUAACCUGCUGUACCGUGAGCUGUCAGCAGUGCCAUACAUGGUUAAAUUUGUAGUGUUUGCAAAGAUGAAUGAGGCACGAGAAGGUCGAUUGCGCUGCUACUGUAUGACUGAUGAUAAGAUGGACAAGACCCUAGAGCAGCAUGAAAACUUCACUGAAGUGGCCCGGAGCAGAGACAUAGAGGUAAUGGAGGGCAUGCCAUUACACUUGGAGUGCUCAGGGAACUUGAUCCCCAUAAGGAAGGCUGCUCAACAGCCCCGUUGCUUCAGCUUCCAAGCCUUCAGAGAUAACAGACUUCCUGUCUCUGUGAAGGUAAGGGACAGUAGUAAGGACCCCACUGGCUUCUUGUCUUUCUUACGUAAGUCUACCAAGUAUGAGGACAGUCAGCAAGUACUCUGCAACCUCAAUAUUACCAUGCCACCAUGUAUAAAGAUUGGAGGGGGUGAGGACCGACGGAGGACACUCACCCCUUUGGCCCUUAGAGAGAGAUACAGUGCGCUCAAUGAACCAACUGUUGCAUCAAUGAGCGCUAUGGAAAGGACGGAGUUAAAGAUGGCUUUAAUAGCUGAACAACUGGGACUAAGCUGGGCCGAGCUGGCCCGAGAACUCCAAUUUAAUGUGGAUGAAAUUAAUAGGAUUCGUGUAGAGAACCCCAAUUCCCUCCUGGAACAGAGUUCAACACUUCUCAAUUUGUGGAUUACCCGUGAAGGGAAGAGGGCCAAAAUGGAGAACUUGUUCAUGGCACUGAAGAGCAUUGACCGAAUGGAUAUUGUGAACCUGCUAGAAGGUGAACAGGGUAACCAGGAACAAGAUCGCCGCAGACACAGUGACCGAGACCACCUCUCUCUUGGCAUACCAAAUGGUUAUGGACUGGUGGUUCAGGACGUGUUGGUUUCCCCAGCCUCAGUGCAACACAGCCUGGCCUCACCAAUGGGGCUCGAGCCCUACUGGCAGGAAGUCUCUAGUAUGGAUGGUGCUCCCAUAGCUACCACUGAAGAAGACACACUUAUGGAGAUGUCCGAGGUGCAGGUUUGGCCGUCGGGCAAAAGCCCAUGUCUGGUGGCUGUGGAGGACUCCUCGCUUGAGUGUAGCAAUGCUGAGGACUCAGAGGGGCUGUCCUAUGGGAGUAUGGGCAGACCAGGCAGUGCCACACCAGGUACAGGACGUGGUCCCAUUGGCCUGAGUGGGUCCAUUGAGCUGCUAGAGGACCAGUCCUUUGGGGCAGGCUCGGAACACUGUGCCACCACUCCAGGAACAGGGGUCAACAUCAAUGGGCUGGACGGAGGUCAAGGGUUGGAGACAGAUGAGAAGGCAGUGGAGGUUGCGGUUGAUGGAGGCAGGAAUGUUUCAGAAGGAGACACUGGAGGUUUGGGAGUAAGAGAUGACACAGGCUUAGUGGAAGGCUUGUCUGUCAUUGCAGGACAGCAGAGGGUUUAUGCUCGAAUGUGUGAGUCUCCUGGGCUAAGCCGAGUGGCUGAUCGCAAUGGUGACAGGUCAAGUAGUGGUUCUUUCCUAUCCUACCUCCAAGACCAGACUGGCCCUGGAUGGCAUCCCAUCCCAGAUCCCACUCAGAACUGGGCAGGAACCUCACAGACACCCAAUUUCAGACAGGCCAAGGAGACCAUGAUGUCAUCAGUGAGGGCAGCAGUGGAUGCAGAUUUAAGCCAGUCUCACCUGUCCCAGGAAGCUUUGCUCCAACCAGUACGAGACAUGGGGCACUCAGAGAUCCUUCGUGGGCAUUAUUGGGGAACUCAGCCUUUUGAAAAGGGCCUAGGCUUCCCCCACAGAGUACCAGACCUUCGAGGAUGGGAAGAUAAGCACCUCAGAGGACAACUUGACCGGGAGUUGGGGGAGGAUGAGAGCAUGCCAGACCAAGAGGAGAACGUCACCACUCGAGUGGUGCGCCGCAGAGUUAUUUUGAAGGGUGAUGAAGCUGUGGAUCUUCCUGGAGAGCAAGUGAGUGAGGAGCAGUUUACAGAUGAGCAUGGCAACAUCGUCACCAAAAAGGUGGUGAGGAAGGUGGUGAGGAGAGGAAAAGGUGAGGGUGAGGGUCAGGAGUUCAUUAUAGACGGGCAACAGGAAGCUGAUGAGUUGGAUGCUGACACAGAGCAGUUCAUGGGCUACGCCGUCCUUGGCCGUGAAAGCAAGCCGGAUGUUGUGGAUGUGAAGAAGGGAGGGGCUCAGAUAGUGAAAUGUGCCACUUUGCGGAGAGUAAAGCAGUGAGCGGCACUCGUUCGGCCGUCCAGGACUUGUCUCUGGCACCCAAACCUUCUCUCAUAGACACAUGAUGAUCAUCCAGAUCGGCAAGAAAGUGGAAAAUUGGGCAAAGGACAUCAGUGCCAAUAGAUGGCUUUUAGGCUUCUUUAAAGCAAACCUGCAAUGAGAACUAGGCUAAAAGCAUGAUUUCAUAUAAAAAGGAAAAUUAGUAGAAAAAAAUCUUUAAAAAAAAAAAAAAGCAUCCAAAAAGUGCUUCCUGUAAUCCCUGUAUCAGCAUGCGAGAGUGCUGUCGCAUGGCCUGCCUUUACAUACACCACAGAAAGCAAAGGAUUAUGGGACUCCUGGUGAUAUAAGGGGCAAUAAAUGAGGGAGGAGUUUGUGCAUAUUGGGGUAUAACUGAACCCAGAGCUCAGCCCCAAUACUGUAUUUCAGAAACAUAUAUGCAAUCGCCGACACACACGUGUAGUCACAUUACACAACGGUUCCCCCUCCAACUCUCACACAUUUUGAGUCUUCCAAUGUGUUAUUCGUUGUAGUCUAAUCUAAAAAAAAAUCUUUUAAAUCCAAUCUCGCUACACACAAGUUUUUCUUCCAGCACUGGAUUUGUGCAUAAUGCCGUAUAUGCACUGAAUAAUACACUACAUGUGUGUGUGAUAUGUCUGGAUGUGUGCAACUGCAAGAGAAAAAAAAACUACUGUAUGCAAAGAUUCUGCUGCUACUUCCUUGCCUGGGCUUUUAUUUAGUUUGAUAUAACGUACAGCAUUAAUAACAGUGUCAGUGUCAAAACAUCAGUGUUACAUAAUGUUCAUAGUUUUCUCUCUUUUUUUCAUUUUUCCCCAUUGUUGUCUCUCCACUCACGGAAAAAAAAAGGGCUUUUGGCCUUUGAUAGAUAUUUAUUUUUUUUGCUUCUUCUAACUGUCAUCAGAGAUAAUCAGAGUUUUUCUAGGAAAUUGAUGACUUUAGACUUACUAAUCAACCACACACAUACACACACACACACACACCUGUCUGACUUUUACACUUGUGUUAAGUGCAAAUGUAGCAACGAAGUCUUCCAUUUUAAAUGAUCUCAGUAGCUCAGGUUUUGAUGUGCUGUGAGAGAGAGAGAGUAUUAUUAAGGAAGGUAAAAUGAAUGAAAAGCUGUUAGUCAGGAUGCUGGAGUUAGUUUCUGCUUUUCCGUAUUAUUCGUUCAGAGUUUUUAAGAGAUCUUACAACCUCUUCAGAGACUCACCUCAAAUGUGAUGUGUGGAAACUUCAGGAAGUUAUUAUUAAGCAAAUUAUAGCGUUGCUCUGAAAAACUGGACUCAAGAUCCCACUUCAACGCUGCAAUAAGCAACACGAUGAAAGCAAUAGAUAUCAGUUUGCUGGUGUACCUUAAUUUUUGUGUAUGAACGGACAUUAAUUCAAGCAAGAACAUCGGAACGUCAGUAGAUGAAGGAGUGGAAUUUCCUGAAGUUUCUUGGCUGGCACAAACAGCUUAUAUUGUGACGUGAAACGGAAAUCAGUUUUAGUCUAUUAGUCUGAAGCGGGUUUGGUGUCACCGUUUCUGCAGUUAUGUGUCGUUUUACUUUGCUAGUUUUAAGACAAAAUUUCAAAAGUGUGUGUUGCCAAAUUGAAAUGAGAAAAAGACAACUGACAUUAAAGCCCGGUGUAUUUUACUCACACUUGGAAAGCAAUAGACACGUGACCUAAAUGCACACAUGGCUAUUUUUCUUCUCUUAUGUUUUCUAGCAUUUAGAUUUGAUUUCUUUUUUUUUGUUGUUGUUUUUGUUUUGUUUUGGCCAGCCACAAUUAAGAGCAAUGAGGUGUGGUGAAUUUUCCUACAAAACUCUGGCGGAUUUAGUUUAAUGGUCUUUAAAACACUGUGAUUAGACUGUAGCACUGUCCAAGCUGACCAACUUUCCCAAGUACACUCAAACACAUGUUACUGAUACUGAAACCUUCUGACUGUAGAAUAUAUUGCGAGGUUAUAUGUUUAAAGCAGGAAACACCAAAACUUGAUUUAUUUUAUUUUAUUAUUAUUAUUAUUUUUUUUUGAUUAUCUUUUUUCCAGUUCUCACUGGUUAUACUUUUAAAGCGUCAUUAUAUUAACAUGUAACUAUAUUCUUCCAUCUGUUUCCAUUGGUCUCCAUGGUAACCUGUACUUGCUCUAAACACUUUCCUGGACCUUAAAAAUUUUCUGCCAAUUUUCAUGAAUUCAUUUUAAUGAAUAAUUCUAUUAUCUUAUGAUAUAAACACAAUGAUGUUGAUGCAUUUUCAAGCACCAAGAUACGGAUACAGUUCAUAUCAACGGUCCUAAAACUAAUCCUUAAAGUAUUUCAUCAUCAUCAGCCAAGUGAGCUAAAUCAGAAUGAACAUGAGAUAUCAUGGUGUACAUCUGAAAUUAGUCAGUCAACUGAAUAUUUGAUCAUUAUUAUUAUUAUUAUGUAAACAAUCCAGUGUUUCGUGGUAACAUAGCAUCACACAGAAACAGAAAUGAUGUCAGAAUAUAUCGACGUGUUGCUUGUUUUUUGCAUCAGGACCUUGGAGCGUAUUUCCUUUAGUUGAAUGACACUGCAAGACUGUGAGCUAAUAUGUUUGCAUGACUCUAGAUCAUUUUGUUUUUACAGCACUUUAAGGAUCAGAAACACAGGAUAGAUCAUCAAUACAGUAUAGUAAAGAGACACGAAAAGCAAAUUACACCAAAGUUUCCUCUUACACAGCAUGUACAGUACAUGUCUUCUGAUACUUACCACUAAGAGCUAUGCCAAAAAGAAAAAAAUGUUGAAUAAAAUUGACAUAAAUUUAACCCAAAUAGAAAGAUUGUUUAAGCAGCAUUGUUUAUUGGAGUUCUUUUACUUCACAAACAGGAAGUCAGUGACCAAACAGAUCAUGAGAAAUAGAGAUUGUUAAGAAUGAUUAGUGAAAACUGAAGUAAAAGGCAGAGUCGACCGUAAAUGAACUGAUCACGAGCAUUGUUUCCUACAAUUUUAAUAAUCAAUCACCGUAUUUAGAUCUGACAGGUUUGUUUAAUACAUUCAAAGUAUUUCCCUGACUUCAGAUGCUUCAUUCCAAAGUGUUGGAGACACAAACGGUGCUCAUCAUUCUUGUUAAAUUGUCGUUAAGAUCACAAACUACAAGGCACAUUCACUCAUUUAUUUUUGAAAUGUUUCAUUUUAGUUUUAUUUCUAUUUUAAAAGCGGAAAUGAUGUCUCAGACGAAAAGGCCAUGAACCAGCAAUGUGCAAAAAAUGAGCCACUUUUGAGAUUAUUCACGUUGUCAUUUUGUAGUGUGGUAACAGUAUUUACUCUCACUGUAUCCUGGCCUGUGGGCGUCUGUAGUGGAUCAGAUGCAGUUUGAAUGGAAGUUUGGACGUAGAGUUUAAUGAUAAAUCACCAGAAGCAACUCUAAAUGGUGCUUCCCUUUGUCUUCAUGAUGGUUAACGGAACGGUGAGCUGGGCUUCGAAACUAGUCGACGUGUAAGAUUUGUACACACACGCCUUGUGUUCAUACAAGACUUCUCCUCAAGUUCAUUUCUCUGUCAUUUAAAAAAAAGAAAAAAACAGAAAAAACAGUCGCAUGUGGAAAAGUCAGGAUUUUAGGAAAGUCAGAGUCAGUGGAAGAGAGGGGGAUUCCAAAAAUAAAAUAAAAAGUUUUUUGAUGUCAUUACAGUGAUGAAACCAGUUUAUUACAAAAAUGUAAACUGUUGCAAAAACUAGAAACACUUAUAAUCUUAAACUUCUAGAGAACGGAUUACAAUUAGUCACUCGAUAGCAUAUUAACCUUGAAAGGAAUGUAAACUGCACACAUGCACAGAAAAAGUUUUUGAUAUAUACAAAGAUAUAUAUAUAUAAUAUAAUAUAUAUCCAAAUCUAUAUAUAUUUAAUUAGAAUGCUUUGCAAUUGCUCAUGGGGAUUUAUAACCAAUUAUUGGGGAUUACAGAUCUAUUAUGGAUGCACUUAUAGCAACUGAGACUUCAGACGUAUGCCUGCAACCUGGGAAAUAAAGAGGCCUUGUGGGUCUUUUGUUUUAUUUGAUCUUAUUUUUAUUGCUGUUGAAAUGGGAAAACAAUUAAAUGGUACCUAUACACAGGGUCUAUGGUUUGAACCGAUCUGACCUGAGAUAUAUGUAUAGACAACUCACCCUGUACACCAGCUGAAAAAAACAAAAAAUAAAGAAUAUUUACAGGAUUAAUAAAGAAAAGAUUACUCACAAA